UUGACGCCCUCUAGUGUUAAUUGAUGAAGACAAACUGUGAAAUCUGAAGCGGACGACGACGCGUCGUCUCCGGAAUCUUGAUAGUCCUUACUCUUCAGUGAUAUCGGAUGAAUGACAUGGAAAGAUGUUUCGAUAUCUACUUUCACGUUGCAUCAAAUUUGGAAGCAAUCAUUGCCAUAUGCUGUCCAAGAGUAAUAACUUCACAAGACCAAUAAAACCAUUUCAUAAACGUGAUGUAUAUCGACUACAAAGUUUUGUAUAUGUACAUGGGGGAGUCAUUAGAAGGAAUGAGACCAACAGCUUUUUAAAUGACAAGUCUUCUCAUGAUCAAGAUAGGUUGGAUGAUACCGAGGAUGGGUAUAUAAAAGAAAAGACACGAAAGGAAAUUUCAGAACUUCUAGCUAUAGGAUGGCAAGCUCCAGAGAAGAUUUCUGAUCCAGAUAUUGAACAUUUCUUGACUCUCACCUCAAAAAAAGGUCGGAAGAAAUUUUUGAGGUUUCUGUUCAAGAAGGAAAUGUUGAAGAAGAAAGAUAAGAUGAAAAGGGAAGAGAAAGCAAGACAAAGAGCUUUAGUUAAAGAAACACAGGAUUCUGAUGAAGACAGUGAUGUUUUUCCAAAUCGCUUCUUUCUUCGCAUACAAAAUAACACAAUCAUGCAGUUUGAAAAGUGGAGACUUGCUGCUGGUAUGAAAUUUGGCCCUAAGAUAGCAUUUGAUUUCAGCUAUGAGAACUUGAUGAGAAAACAGGAGGUAAUCAGUCUUGUUCAGCAGCUCAUGCAUGUAAUGAAUGCUAAUAAACGCGCAAAGGAUCCAUUUGAUAUUCAUUGGGUUGGCUUAACCUCAGAGACCCAGUCGUUACAUGAACUGAAUCGUUUACAUGGAGUUGCAAUGGAGCACAUUAUGGUGAACAAUACUGAAAAGGAUCUCUUGGAGGUCUUUCCAAAAAAGGACAUCAUAUAUCUUAGUGCAGAUUCUCCAAAUGUCAUGAAGUCCUAUGAUAGUGACAAGGUGUAUGUAAUUGGAGCAUUGGUGGACAGAAAUAUUAUAUAUACGGGACAAUCCUUAGCUAGAGCAAAGAGAUUUGGUUUAGAUCAUGCCCGACUUCCAUUGGACAGGCAUCUUCAAUGGACAACAGGAGCCAAGAACCUGACCCUCGAUCAGAUGAUAAAGAUCAUGAUUGAGAUGAAUACAUCAGGUGAUUGGGUCAAAGCAUUGCAGCAUGUUCCAGUGAGAAAGCAUGCUGGCCUUCGUUCAGGUCCACAUUGGGAUCAAGACCAGGAGAGCAAGCAUCAAGAGAAAUUCAAAAGUAAUGACAGCAUUCAGAGGAAUCCAUCGCAUUUUGUGGCUAGUCGAACAAAGCAAUUUAAGGGUUCAUCAAAAAAAUCUGGUGUUGGAAAGAGACAAAGAAAUCUUGAAGUGGAUGAUGACACCGAUAGUACACUCUUUAGUUCAAGCUCUGGUGCCAAGGGCUGGUUUAGUGGGGAUCAUUAAUUUGUGCAGAUGAUAAUUAUGACAUAAAAACUAAACAAUUAACAUUUAUUGCAGAUUGUUUGAUUGGCAACAUAGGAUAGUUUCUAUUUUUGAAAUCAUUUGCUUGAAAAUGCAUGAAAAGCUGCAAUUUUGACAGAUAUUAACAGGUUUUAUAAUAUGUGGUCAUGAAAUGGUGAAAUUAGAAAAAAAUAUCUGGGGUUAGUGAUGGAAAAAAAAUCUUCAAGUAUUCAGAGGAUUAUGUGUAUUUGAAUCUAUCCAAUUCCUGAGGAUAUAUUUACCUUUACCUUUUGUUAAUCUCAGAUUGAACUAAUUAUUUUGGAAAUUAUACUCAUAUUUAUAGUGAGAACUGACUAGCAAUGGAUCAAAUCUUUACCUCAAUCCCAUAAGGUAAGGUAAGAUAAAACAACUGGACAAUAAAUACUUCAAAUGAUCACCAUUGAAGAUAAAAAAAUGUUGAUGAAUCCCAUUUUCCAUGCCAUUCCUACCUUGGUCUGAUUCAUCAACUGGUGGCACCAAGCGAUGUGUUGGCUCAGUUGGUACGAUGUUCGUCUGUCAGACCAAAAGUCGUUAAAAGAUAGGAGUUAGUGCUACCCUGUUUAGUGUUAACGAUUAGAGGGAUAGAGCUACGUUGAUCUGGCGCUGCACAGUGGCUGUUGGGCCCACGAUCAAUUGGGCAAAAAGUAUUUCUAUUUCAGGUUUCAUUUUGUACAAUGAAAUAUGGAUUUUCAUUUUCAUUUGUUAUUUCUAUUUAUGUGCAAUUUAAGUGCUCAGUAUUUGUACCCACCUAAUUUUAAUCCCAACUGUCUGCUUCACUAAAGUGCUAUUAGUCUGAUCACUUUUAUCACUUUUUAUGAGUGCACGUAAUCCCACAAAUCAACAGAGUAUUCAAAUCAGUGUUAGUUAUAAUUCCCCUGAAAUUGAUUUUUUUUAUUGCAUAAUAAACUAAAUUUCACAACUGUUUGUCAUUGCAGAGUGAGCAUUGCACCAAUUUGUGUAGGUUUCGGUUGAGUUUACAACCGGGUAUGACCCUAUUCAGAUUCCCAUGGGUGAGCAUUUACUGUUCACAUAGUCGACACAUGGCCAGUAGGGUCAUACAUUGAGCCAUAGUCUGAUUAGUGGUGCAUGGUGAUGGUUUUGGCCCAGUGGAAAUGGGAUGUAGUUGCUGUUUAUGACAGUUUGAAAUGAUUCAGAUCUCUUUAUGGCCUUAACAAUGAUUCUAAAAGUGCCUAAGUUAAUCAGUUUGUCCCAUCUGCUUUUGAAGUUGAGCAAAGUGAGUAGAGACAUAGUCACAUCAAGUAGUCAAGUUGACUCAAGUUGCAUGAAAAGCUAUAUAAUGGAUGCUCCUCAGAAAAUACUUCACAACAAUUCAAACAACUUGUGAUAACUCAAUAGUAGCAAAUAAUUCUGUAUUUUAUUCUAGCGUCAAAUUGUUAAAGGGAUGGUCCAGGCUGGAGAUAUUUAUAUCUCAAUAAAUAGAGUAAAAUUCACAGAGCAAAAUGCUGAAAAUUUGAUCAAAAUCGGGUAACAAAUAACGAAGUUAUUGAAUUUUAAAGAUGGGCAUUAUUCUGGUGAAACAGUUCUAGGCAUGUCUUUAUGAAUAUUCAUUACGUGGGCUGAUGAUGUCAUAUGCCCACUUGUUCUUUUGAAUUUUAAUAUAUGAAAUCAGGUUUAUUCAAAAAAUUUCUACCAAGAACUAAAACAAUGGGAUUGACAACUGAUUAAGUGCAUUGAUUAUUUAUUGCUGCAACUUAUUUUAUCAUAAUGGAGACACAUCAUUUACACAUGUAUGAAAAAAUUAAACAUUUAUGAUUUCAUGUAAUAACAUAAGAAAAAAGAGAUUGGGGAUGUGACAUCAUCAGCCCACCUAAUGAAUAUUCAUAACCAUGUGCAUAUAACUGUUUUCACAAAAUACUGAUAAACUUUAAAAUUCAAUAACUACAUUAUUUGUUAUCCGAUUUUGAUGAAAUUUCAGCAUUUUGCUCUGUGAAGUUUGCUCUAUUUAUUUAGAUAUAAAUAUUUUCAGCCCAGACCAUCCCUUUAAUGGCAAAUGCUUUCCAAUACUACAUUACAAUGUAUUACUUUCAGUGUGUUCCUAAUGACAUUUAUUUAAUUGUCAUUUCUACUUUUCUUUUCUACGAUUUCAGUGACUCACAACUUUGAAAAGUGUGUGAGGACUUUUAUCUUCCCCGGGGGCCAUUUCAUAAAGCUGUUCGUAAAUUAGGAGCGACUUGAAGAACGACUGGUGAUGCCUUCUUACGCGCUAAACCAUCGCCAAUUUAUUAUACAAGAAAGGAUCACCAGUAGUUCUUAAAGUCGCUCUUAACUUACGAACAGCUUUAUGAAAUGGCGCCCAGAUUAGAUAAAAAGGAGGAUUAAUUUAAGUGUCAUUAGUCUUUCUUCUGCACGUGUACAUAAUUUUUGAGUAGUUUCAAAACUCAUGGGUAAAGGACAAGCGAUCACUUUUUACAUCAAAUUUAUGUUUUAAACUGGGUCAUUCCAUGCCAAUUCACCCAAUGAAUUUGCAAUUUUGCACCCGGCCCUCUCAGAAUUCGUUGUAAUUUGGUGCACAUAAAAUUCCCCAUGGCCCAAGCACAAAACCAAAAAAAAUAGUCCAAUCGGUCCGUCGGUUCUCGCGCUACGGCCCGCCCUUUUCUCCUUGUUUUGACAAAAAUGGGCGUGACCUACAACUUUCAAUGGCCAUUACGUCGUAAAGUGUUGACCAAUUUUCACGAAACUGGUACCAAUCAAAAGGAAAUUCAGAGAGGAAUCCAAAACAUGCAUCAAAUAAUGUAUUGGAGCGAUUUAUAAGGUCAUGACCUUUGACCUUUACUUUGACCUUGAGUUUGACCCCGGACAAAUAAUUUUUUUACUUGAUUUUCGUGUAUGUUAAUUAUUAGUAUGAUAUUGACAAAAUAUGUUAAAACCAGUGAUGAUAUUUAUUUCUUCACCUUUUAAAACUCUUCCAAAGAUACCAAUUGUCUGAUCUGAAAUUUCACUUCUGAUAUUCAUGUUAAGUGUUUACCAGUCCCAUGAUACAUGAUUUCUUCAAAUCUUAAGUUACAGUAUGCAAACACAUGAAAAGAAAUUAAGCUUAUCAGUUGAUAAAUGAAACAUUAAACAUUUAUACUUAUGAAUACC